AUGGAAUGUACGGAGGCUGUGGAGCGUCGUAGAGAGGCUCUUAGAAUCUUCAAGCGUGAUCCUACCAGAGAUAACUAUGUCUUCUAUCGCUCUGUGAUAUCACAAACUCGUAAGACCUUACGUAAGGCUAAACGCACUAGCUGGAGGAAGUUUUGUGGCUCUCUUGACGGUCUAACUACGACUGUCGUCAUAUGGCAUAUGCUCAAGCGGUUUCGUAAUCGUCGACUUGAUCCCGCCAACUCAUCCUCUCAAAAUGGAAAUGAAGACAGGUCUGCUAUCAUCCAGGAUGCCAUCGAUAAACUUUGUCCCCCUUUCUGUCCUCCUCCUAUCCCUCCGCCUCUAUUGCCAUAUCAAGGCAAUCUCGCUUGGCUAGAUGAACCCUUCACACUUGAUAAACUUCAGGCCGCUCUUCAUUCUGUCAAAGCCUCCUCUAACUCGGGCCUUGAUAGGAUUGACUAUCGUAUUAUUAAGGCUUUUCCGCCUAAUCUUCUUACUUCACUUCUCGAUAUCUUCAAUAAUCUCUUCCGUUGCUCCAUUUUCCCUUCUCAGUGGUCUUACUCUCUUAUUCAUUUACUAUCUAAGCCCAAUAACAGCGGGGUCCGUCCUAUUUCUCUCACUUCCUGCCUAUUCAAAAUUAUGGAAAAGAUGAUUCUGAAUCGUCUUUAUUGGCUCAUUGAGUCUCCUCUAUCUGACUUUCUACCCAACAAUCAAUUUGGCUUCCAGAAGUUUCGUUCAUACCAGGAUAAUCUUACUACUCUUGUUGCUAGCAUCCACUCGGGCUUCCUAACCAACCGGGAUACUGUUGCAGUAUUUGUAGGUAUCAAAUCGGCCUUUGACAAUGUACUUCCUCACAUUCUCAUACAAGACUUGCAAAGUUUAAAUUUUCCUCUCCUUCUUCUAUCCUUUAUUGCGAACCUUAUUUCAUCUCGCAAUGUUCAAUUCAUCACACAGGGCUCUAUCUCAGCGCCUAGAACCACAUUUAAGGGUACCCCCCAAGGUUCUGUCCUCAGUCCUACUCUUUUCAACCUUUACCUAAGAAAAGUAAAUGAUGCGCUUCAUCUUGAUACUGAACUCCUGCAGUUUGCGGAUGACAUUGUUAUCUUUUCAUCUCAGAGAAACAUUACGGCUGCCAUUCAAUCCGUGGAGCUUUCUUUACAGGGUUUAGACCUUUACUUACGUGAGCGUGGUCUGGAGAUUUCUUUGCCCAAAACGCAACUUAUAAUCUUUUCUCUUAAGAGGUCGACGGCGCGCAUGAACUAUUCUAUUUCGCUUCACAAUCACCAUUUCUUACCCUCCAACACUAUUCGUUUUCUGGGGGUUUUUCUUGACCCGAAAUUGUCCGGCAAGGCUCACAUGUCUUCUGUCAUAAAUAAAGCCUAUGCGAUUUACACUGCUAUCACCAUAGCUAUUGAUUUGAAACUGUCAGAUGCAACGAUCAUCACGAACUUGCUUAGUGUUUUGGAGUCACUCAAGCAUCAUCAUAAUCCUAAGAACAAUUACCUCAUUCCUCUGAUCAAAUCGGUGUUGGAGGAGGCUGGGAAGAAAGGCACAAGUAUUAAGUUCAUUUGGAUUCUGUCACAUAGAGGUAUUGAAGAGAAUGAAAAGGCAGACCAGCUUGCUAAGCGUUGA